GAACAGCAUUCCCAUUCCAUCUCCGAGCUGCCAUGCCACGACAUGGACAACGAAACUCCGCUGCUGCAUAAUCCACCGACUACCAAGAAGCCUCCGAAAGCGGUCUCGUCGGCCUGAGACUUGGAGGCAAGCGCGCGAGGCCGCUGGAGCCAUGGUUCUCGUGGCGCUGGGCUGCUCCCCCGCUCGCUCUCCCACUUCCAGGCUGGGGAGGUUUUUCAGAUUUCAGAAUGCGGUGGGGGGCGGCGGCAAGGUUUAGGUGCUAUUGGAAUCUCAAGCAUGUUUGGGUGCUCCUGAAUCUUGAUGCUAAAUCGAAAUCCUACUUCAGUGGUGAUCCAGCUACGGAGAAAAUGUAGCACCACCAGACAGAGAAUCGUCAGAUGCUCUCUGAAUGAGGAAAUGCCACCGAACAAACAUGGAGUAAUAUCCAAGCAGAUAAUCUCUUGCUUUGCUGCUUCGCUCGUGUUCAUCUCUCCACCUUGUCAGGCUAUUCCUGCAGAAACCUCUGCCCAGCUGGGCUUGUGCCAGAUUGCAACAGUGGCAGCCAUCGAUAGUGCUUCAGUUCCUCUACAAUUUGACAGCCCUUAUGAUGAAGGCAGCGCGGGGAUGAUGAUGAUGAGGGGUAUGACUGCCAAGAACUUUGAUCCAGUUCGCUACUCUGGUAGAUGGUUUGAGGUAGCCUCACUGAAACGUGGAUUUGCUGGUCAAGGACAAGAAGACUGUCAUUGCACUCAGGGUGUGUAUUCAUUUGAUGAGAAGUCACGCUCAAUCCAGGUGGAUACAUUCUGUGUCCACGGUGGACCUGAUGGAUACAUAACUGGUAUUCGGGGCAGGGUGCAAUGCCUGUCUGAAGAAGACAUGGCGAGUGCUGAGACAGAUCUUGAGAGACAGGAGAUGAUCCGUGAGAAAUGCUUUCUUCGGUUCCCGACACUACCGUUCAUACCCAAGGAACCCUAUGAUGUUCUUGCAACUGACUAUGACAAUUAUGCAAUUGUAUCUGGAGCUAAGGAUACAAGCUUUAUUCAGAUAUACUCAAGAACACCUAACCCUGGGCCACAAUUCAUCGAGAAGUACAAGUCCUAUGUUGCCAACUUCGGCUACGACCCGAGCAAGAUCAAGGACACCCCGCAGGACUGUGAGUACAUGUCCUCGGACCAGCUCGCCCUGAUGAUGUCGAUGCCCGGGAUGAAUGAGGCCCUGACGAAUCAGUUCCCAGAUCUAAAGCUGAAGGCACCAAUAGCACUGAACCCAUUCACAAGUGUGUUUGAAACCCUGAAGAAACUGCUUGAACUGUACUUCAAGUAAAGGGAGUGUUAGUGUAGCAUUCUUCAGUAUCCAACUGUCCACUUCUCCACUUGGAGCCUCAAUUGAAUAAAGUUCAGUUCGCUUGUUCUGACA